AUUUCUUCCGUCGGCGAUCGACGAUCGACUUAUUUCGCUCGCGUCCUCCGAUCCGAUCCUUUUCUCUCUCUCUCUCUCUCGGCCUCUGCCCUCCUCUUCUUGUGGUAGUGCCUCUCUACUUGACUCCACACACUGCCGCCAGAUCUCCUCUAGCCCGAGCCGCGACCUCUCCCAAUUGAUCCGCCGUCCUCCGAACGCCGUCGCAUGAGCCGCCACCCCUGCAACCGGAUCUAGCGGCGCGGGGCGCCGCCCGCGGAUGAGCUGUGCCGUCGCCGACACGGGCCAUCUCCGGGAACCGACGGCGGGUAACUCGCGGUAGUGGGGGACCGGUCCCGGCUAGGGUUUCUUUUUCUUUUAUCUCUCUGAGCCAGCUCGGAAUGGCGCCCGCCGACACGGCGUCCGCGGGGAGUUGGGUCGAGUCGUACACCGGCAUGUCCUCCGAUAACAUCAAGGGUUUGGUUCUCGCGCUCUCCUCGAGCUUCUUUAUCGGUGCCAGUUUUAUCGUCAAGAAGAAGGGGUUGAAGAAGGCCGGCGCUUCCGGAGUUAGAGCAGGAGCUGGUGGAUAUUCUUACUUGUAUGAACCACUUUGGUGGGCAGGCAUGAUAACAAUGAUUGUUGGAGAAGUUGCUAAUUUUGCUGCAUAUGCAUUUGCUCCAGCUAUUCUGGUCACUCCUCUUGGUGCUCUUAGCAUAAUAAUCAGGCAUAGCCUCAAUCAACACAAUGUUUUCCAUUGUUUUUUUUCUCCACUUGUUAUAAACAUAUAUUUGUGCUACAGUGCUGUUCUUGCACAUAUCAUUCUACGGGAGAGGCUGCAUAUCUUUGGCAUCCUUGGUUGUGCUCUUUGUGUUGUGGGAUCAACAACAAUUGUUCUACAUGCCCCUCAGGAGCGUGAGAUUGAGUCUGUGACAGAAGUCUGGGAUUUGGCAACUGAACCAGCUUUUCUAUUCUAUGCAGCAACAGUGCUUCUUGCAGCUUUUAUACUCAUAUUUCAUUUCGUUCCCAAGUACGGGCAAACACAUAUUAUGGUUUACAUUGGUGUUUGCUCUCUUGUGGGGUCUCUCUCGGUUAUGAGUGUGAAAGCUCUUGGAAUAGCUCUCAAGUUGACAUUUUCAGGAAUGAACCAGUUGGCUUAUUCCCAAACUUGGGUGUUCACAAUCAUAGUCAUUGUUUGUAUCCUUACCCAGAUGAACUAUUUGAACAAAGCUCUUGAUACAUUCAAUACAGCAGUAGUAUCACCGAUAUACUAUGUGAUGUUUACAUCAUUGACGAUUUUGGCUAGUGUGAUUAUGUUCAAGGACUGGGAUCGUCAAAAUCCCACCCAGAUUGUCACAGAGAUGUGUGGCUUUGUCACAAUUCUUUCUGGGACAUUUCUGCUCCACAGGACCAAGGACAUGGCUGAUGGUCUAUCGUCAUCUAUGUCUGGGCGCCUACCAAAACACACUGACGAGGAUGGCUAUUCUUUGGAAGGCAUUCCUCUGAGGUCUCAGGAUUCGUUUCGGUUGCCAUGAGAUGUUGUGGUGGCCUCUUUCUCCGUCCAUUUUACAUGAACUAGACUUUCCCUGCAUCACGACUUACUGUACCAAGACAAAGCCUGCAUUCUUUCUUUACAGAAAGCUUUGUAUAUCUUUUUUCUAGGCCCCUUAAAGCAUAGGUUCAAUCCCCAUAUGUGAGAGACACCGUUGACAUGCAAUCGGGGAAAUCGCAUUUUGGUAUAUAUGUAGUGUGCCUUCCAAUGGGCGAGACAAUGUGUCUUGCGACAGUGCAGAAACAAACGACACUGAUUUCAUGAGUUGAGCCCUCAUAGCGGAAAAAUAACUGGUUUUCAAAUGAUGAGAAGAUAUUGUUUA